AAGGAAACCUUACUUGUUUUCUUGUGGUCCUUUUUUAUUUCCCUUUAAUAACGUUUCCGUUUUUGUUGUGUAGUCCAGUGAAGGAGAGGUGGGCUUGGGUGGGGUUGAGUGGGACGGGUGUCGCCCCAAGUCCCCCACCCUCUUUUCCUUUUUCAUGUUUGUGUGUCAGACUCUCCUUCCAUCGGUUUGGGUUCAGCCUUUGCUGAGCGGUCCCAGGGGUCGCUGGCCGCUGCGUGUGUCUCUCUCCCCCGUCUGGCCGGGGUGCGGGAGAGUCCUAACCCAAGACCGAAAAUCCGCCAGGACGUUUUCGAAAUUUUAAAACCUGUUUUGCCCUCUAAAAUGGGCUUCGUUUUGAGACCCUCCUCAGGGGACGAGGUUAGAGGGUUUUCCCUCAUCCCUGGAGUAGACUCCAGAGAAGCGGCCCGCUGUUCGUGCAGUCAAAUGACACAGCGUGUGUUUGGGUCGGGGAGGAAACGGCGGCGACGGUUCCCCGACGGCUGCCCGGCCGCCGCCUCAUUCAUUCCUCACGGUCGUGACGCCGCGGGCGGGGACGUCUGAGAAAAUGCGCGCUCCGAGCUAACUUAACACUCCCAGUCCGGUGCUCCAAAUAAUGCCACCUGUUCGUUUGUUUUUUAAUUGCAACUGUGGUUUUCAUUCGGGAACGACAACUAUUUGUAGCUCUUAGGCUCCAGUUCAUGUCAGAAAAUAAUCUUUGAUUGUUUUUGAAAGUUUUACGAAAAUAAUCUUUGAUUGUUUUUGAAAGUUUUACGAAUAAAAUAAUCUUUUAUUGUUUGUCCUUUUUCGGUUAUGGAUAUUUGUGUGUGGGGGGGGUUCCUAUUCAGAUUUCUUUUAGUUGGUUUCAAAUUCGUGUUUUAAGUAACUUUGAGGAUUAUUGGAUCUUGAUUAUUUUAGUAAUUCGAGUAAUUGACCACGCACUACUUGAACGAAUUCCAGCUGUUGGUGAUAACGCGCCAAAAUUUUAGCCUUUUAUUAGGGUGGUAAAGUAUUAAGAUUUACAAACUUAGUUCAGAUUUAGAAAAAUAAAAGUUUAAAAUUAUAUUUCUUAACACUACAAAAAUACCAUGCUGAGCGAAUAACAACUUGGUGAGGGAAUGAAGUAGUUGUUUUUUCCAGUCACAAAUAAUAGCUUGAUCCUAUCUGGGUACCUCUCAUUCCUCAAGUGUGUGCUACAAAACUGUAAUUUUUUAAUGCACUAUUUUAGUUGAUAGGCUCGCCCCAAAAUUCGCUUUGGGGGCUGAAUAGAACCUGCCUACCCAUGAAUCUCUGUAAUUGACAGUUCAGCUAUAAGAUGCAGCCAAAAUGCUAUUCUUGCCCCGUCUUCAUCAUUUAAUCAUGUAAAUGGACUCUAAAAAGGAAGGUGUAUAAUUGUAGACUCACACGUACACCAAGGAUAAGAUUGGAAGAACCACACCAAGGUGAAAACCCUCAUUUUCUGAGUGUUACAGAGAUCAGAACAUGGGAGAGAAACAAUCUGGAUAACAUGAAAGUGAUGCUGCUGACUAAGGGAAGGCAACCUGAUUCUAUGGGAAGGGCUGUAACUGAAUCAAUCAUUGUCUAGAUUUGAGUAUGAGCACAGUUGAAGAGGAUUCUGACACAGUAACAGUAGAAACUGUGAACUCUGUGACUUUGACUCAGGACACAGAAGGGAACCUGAUUCUUCAUUGCCCUCACAAUGAAGCUGAUGAAAUAGACUCAGAAGAUAGUACUGAACCUCCGCAUAAGAGGCUUUGUUUGUCCUCUGAGGAUGAUCAGAGUAUUGAUGAUUCUACUCCUUGCAUAUCAGUUGUUGCACUCCCACUUUCAGAAAAUGAUCAGAGCUUUGAGGUGACCAUGACUGCAACCACAGAGGUGGCAGAUGAUGAUCUUACUGAGGGAACUGUGACACAAAUCCAGAUAUUGCAGAAUGAGCAAUUAGAUGAAAUAUCUCCCUUGGGUAAUGAGGAAGUUUCAGCAGUUAGCCAAGCAUGGUUUACAACUAAAGAAGAUAAGGAUUCUCUAACUAACAAAGGACAUAAAUGGAAGCAGGGAAUGUGGUCCAAGGAAGAAAUUGAUAUUUUGAUGAACAAUAUCGAACGCUAUCUAAAGGCACGCGGAAUAAAAGAUGCUACAGAAAUCAUCUUUGAGAUGUCAAAAGACGAAAGAAAAGAUUUCUACAGGACUAUAGCAUGGGGUCUGAACCGGCCUUUGUUUGCAGUUUAUAGAAGAGUGCUUCGCAUGUAUGAUGACAGAAACCAUGUGGGAAAAUAUACACCUGACGAAAUUGAGAAGCUCAAGGAGCUCCGGAUAAAGCAUGGCAAUGACUGGGCAACAAUAGGGGCGGCGCUAGGAAGAAGUGCAUCCUCUGUCAAAGAUCGGUGCCGACUGAUGAAGGAUACUUGCAACACAGGGAAAUGGACAGAAGAAGAAGAAAAGAGACUUGCAGAGGUGGUUCAUGAAUUGACAAGCACUGAGCCAGGUGACAUAGUCACACAGGGGGUGUCUUGGGCAGCUGUGGCCGAGCGAGUGGGUACCCGCUCAGAAAAGCAGUGUCGUUCUAAAUGGCUCAACUACCUAAACUGGAAACAGAGUGGAGGUACUGAGUGGACCAAGGAAGAUGAAAUCAAUCUCAUCCUCAGGAUAGCAGAACUUGAUGUGGCUGAUGAAAAUGACAUAAACUGGGAUCUAUUAGCUGAGGGAUGGAGCAGUGUCCGUUCACCACAAUGGCUUCGAAGUAAAUGGUGGACCAUCAAAAGACAAAUUGCAAACCAUAAAGAUGUUUCGUUCCCUGUUUUAAUAAAAGGUCUUAAACAGUUACAUGAGAACCAGAAAAACAACCCAGCGCUUUUGGAGAAUAAAUCAGGAUCUGGAGUUCCAAACACUAAUUCCAAUUCCAGUGUACAGCAUGUUCAGAUCAGAGUCGCCCGCUUGGAAGAUAAUACAGCCAUCUCUCCAAGUCCCAUGACAGCAUUGCAGAUUCCAGUCCAGAUCACCCAUGUCUCUUCAACAGACUCCCCUGCUGCUACUGUUGACUCAGAAACAAUAACACUAAACAGUGGAACACUACAGACAUUUGAGAUUCUUCCAUCUUUCCAUUUACAGCCCACUGGCACUCCAGGCACCUACCUACUUCAAACAAGCUCCAGUCAAGGCCUCCCCCUAACUCUGACUGCUAGUCCCACAGUAACUCUGACAGCUGCUUCUCCUGCUUCUCCUGAACAGAUCAUUGUUCAUGCUUUAUCCCCAGAACAUCUGUUGAACACAAGUGAUAAUGUCACAGUACAGUGUCACACACCAAGAGUCAUCAUUCAGACUGUUGCUACAGAAGACAUCACUUCUUCCAUAUCCCAAGCAGAACUAACAGUUGGUGAUAUUCAGUCAUCUGAUUUUCCUGAACCUCCAGAUGCACUAGAAGCAGACACUUUCCCAGAUGAAAUUCAUCAACCUAAAAUGACUAUAGAGCCAUCAUUUAAUGAUGCUCAUGUAUCCAAAUUCAGUGACCAAAAUAGCACAGAACUGAUGAAUAGUGUUAUGAUCAGAACAGAAGAAGAAAUCUCUGACACAGACCUUAAACAAGAAGAAUCACCCUCUGAUUUAGCCAGUGCUUACGUUACUGAGGAUUUAGAGUCUCCCACCAUAGUAGAACAUGUUGAUCAAACAAUUGAUGAUGAAACAAUACUUAUCGUUCCUUCACCACAUGGCUUUAUCCAGGCAUCUGAUGUCAUAGAUACUGAAUCUGUCUUGCCUUUGACAACACUAACAGAUCCCAUACUCCAACAUCAUCAGGAAGAAUCAAAUAUCAUUGGAUCAUCUUUGGGCAGUCCUGUUUCUGAAGACUCAAAGGAUGUUGAGGAUUUGGUGAACUGCCAUUAGGUAAUUCUUAGAAACAGUUCAAACAAAGGAGCCACACUGUUAAAUUACAGUAUCUCCAAAGAAAUAGGAGCAACUCCCAAGAGGCUUAAUUUACCAUUCUUCUAGCCUUUACAUAGUUACAGUGCUUAAGCUGUGCACAUUGUUGCUGCUGUGACUUUUUACCUUCUUUUAUCAUCUGAGGUCCAGUUCUAUGGCAGUGCAUAGUUGAAGGGAAUAUGGGGGAUUUUAACUACAUGGAUCCCUGUGUUUAGUGUUAUUUGUCAGGAACGAGUUUCAUUCACUUUGGCUCUGAGAAGUUUUUAAAUCACCAAACUUAACUCUGUGGUUUACAAGCAGUAAUAUUCAUCUCUACAGAUUAAACAUAGCACUCGAUCCAGUCUCAAGUAGGCCUGGUUAUAUUUCUUAUCAGCAUGGUCUAGAGCUUAUCAGUGACCUUCAAAAGAUUUAAAUAGCAUUAGCUUGAGAUUUGACCAGCAUACAAAUACAGGAAACCUACAUGACUGUGUGGCAGUUAAUUGUGGUUAACUCACUGUUGGCAGAGGGGAGCUGAUUUAAGCAGGGUAAAAGAGAAGCAUUAAGAGUCAAGAAAAUUCACUACACGUUUUUUUUUUUUAAUUAUUAUUAUUACUUUUAAAGGGAAUAUGGAUAAAAGUAGUAACAAAACCCGACAGUAACUAAGCAGUUUUGCAGUUUUCACCCCCUCAUGAGAAACCAGUCAUUAGUUUACAGUUAGGCACUUUGACAUAAAAUUAAACAGGGGAAGAGGUAACUUUACCUGAAUCUAAUGCCAUGGCUAUUUAUUACAUGUUUUGCUAUAUAAAUUCUCCAGAAAAUAGUUGAGGGGGGUAUUAGAGUAUGUCAUUCACUUAGUGCAUUACCUGGUAGGGGCACAAUAUAACUUCUCCCUUUCAGGCAAUUUUAAAAACAAAAUUUGCUUGUGUAACAAGGAAACAAAUCAAGAGUCAUUCCUAAGGGGUAAGCCAAAACCAGCCUCUAGGGCUUUAAUGAAUAUGAUCCCUAUAGAAAAGUCAAAAAAAAAAAAAAAAACUUGUAUAAAUUAUUUUAUUUAUUACUGUAAUUAGAUCUUCAUAAUCAAAGUUGUCUUUUCACUGUCUGUUUUGUUAACGUGAAAUUGUAGUUAUGAACAAAAGUUGGUUGCCUAGGGAACAAUAAUUGUAUAUUCAGUUUAACAGAAAUAAAAGAAUAUUUGUCUUAAAAU